GCUGUUGCUGGAGGAAUGGUUCAAAUUCCAGAACUUAACUCUAAGAUAUUCUACUUCCCUCAAGGUCAUGCCGAGCAUGCAUAUCAACCUGUCCAUUUUGCUACUGACUUCAAAAUUCCAUCCAAAAUUCCAUGUAGAGUUGAGGCUAUCCAUUAUAGGGCCGAUCCGGCCACAGAUGAAGUGUAUGCAAAACUUAGGCUUGUUCCUCUGCAUAGUAGCGAAGUUAGUAUGGAUGAUGACGAUGUCGCUGACAUCGAUACUAUGUCUGAAACUAAAAAUAAAUAUCAAUCUUACACGAAAAUAUUGACACAGUCUGAUGCAAACAAUGGUGGUGGAUUCUCUUGUCCUAAAUAUUGUGCCGAAACACUUUUUCCUCCAUUAGACUAUUCAGAUAUGCUUCCUUCUCAGGAGAUUUCUCCCAAGGAUGUGCAUGGAGAAACAUGGAGAUUCAGACAUGCCUACAGGGGCGCACCGAAGCGGCAUCUGUUCACAACUAGGUGGAGUGAUUUUGUGACCGCCAAGCUACUUGUUUUGGGGGAUUCACUUGUGUUUGUGAGAGAUGAAUACAAUGAUCUUCAUGUUGGAAUUCGAAGGUCUAAAAAACGAAACGACAAUAUAUUUAACUUUUCAUCAAAGAGGAAACUUGAUAGUGAAACUGGAAUUUGUCUUGGACCAUCAUCUUUAGGAGAGUUGAGAAUAAGUGAUAAGGUGAUGGGAAUAGGAAAAGUGAAGGCUGAAGAUGUUCUGGAAGCAGUAAGACUUGCUGUCAACAUGCAACCGUUUGAAGUGGUUUACUAUCCUGGGGUUGGUACUCCCGAAUUUUUUGUGAAAACCUCUUUAAUUAGAACAGCACUUCAGAUUAGGUGGCAUCGUGGAAUGAGGUUUAAGAUGGCCAUUGAAACUGAAGACUCAUCAAAGAUAAAUUGGUAUAUGGGAACAAUUGCUUCUAUUCAGGCUGCUGAUCCAGCAUGGCCCGACUCACUUUGGAGACUUCUGCAGGUUACAUGGGACGAACCUGAUUUAGUUACAAAUACAAAAAUGCUGAAUCUGUGGCAAGUCGAAAUAGUAUCGGAAAUGCCUUCUCCCCCUUUCUUGCCAUCAAGUAAGAAACUGAGAUUGGCUCAACACCCAACUUUCUCCAUUGAUGGCCAAUUAUCAAUGCCAACUUUUCCAAAUGCGGGCAUGCAGGGAGCCAGGCAUAAUCAUUUUAGUCACUCCAAUUCAUCCUAUCGUGUCGAGAAAAUUCCACUAGGUCUCUUUUGGCUUUAUUUCCGACAAUCCUUUGAUCAAGAUGCCUCAACAUCGAGGACUGUCCCUAAUAGCCCAACAUUGCAAAAGGAUAGCAGUAGUGAGAAUGUUUCCGGUGAAAAUGUUUCAGGCUCGAUGUCAAUUUCUACACAACCAUUAGAGAAACUGAAUCAUGAGAAGCCCAAGGAGAUCGUGCUUUUUGGCCAAAAAGUGUAUACGAAGCCAAAACAGUUGGUGCUUUUUGGCCAAAAAAUACACAUUAACUCGGGAUAUGAAAAUGGUGAGGAGAAAAUCACAAAAUAUUCUUCUGAUUCUGAUCUACAAGACUCCUCUAGUGAGAGGCUGGAAUAUAAUCUAGAGAACCAAUGCAAAAACGAUACAUUGGAAGGAGAAACAAUGGAGAUUGAAGAUUCAGGUAAGAAUAAGUAA